CGCUUGCGGCACAAGAUGGCGCCGCGGCGCCGCCCCGAGGAGCCGGGGGCGGGCGGCGGCGGCCGUUGGCGGUGGAAGGCGGCCGCCGGCGCGCGCGUUGGUUCUCCCCCGGUAAAAAAAUAGUGCUUUUGGCAUCAAAAAGAAACACAGUUGUCCGUUUUGGCCGCUUUCUGCCCCAGCACAUGGCCCAGGUGGGGCCGUGGCACCCCGGCCACGGCUCGCUGGUGCGCGCCACCGGCCACGGGGAAGUGUGGGCGGACUGGAGCCCCACCGCCAAGUUUUCCCAGUUCGGCUGGAGGUGCACCACCAGCGAGAGCGGUUACUCGCACAAAACCCACAUGGGGAACUGGAACGAGGAGCGAUAUGAUAUCCAGAAAAUCGUGCAGCCCAAGCCUCUGCCUUCCCAGUAUGCUCACUGCUUUGAAACAACUUACUCUUCAGAUUACAACAAGGGAAAGCAUCAAAGAACAAGAAGAUUUAAGCGAGAACCUCACUGGUUUCCAGGCCACCAGCCUGAGUUGGAACCCCCUCCUUUCAAACCAACUGAGCAGUCCUGCUACAUGAUCGACUACAGGCCUCCACAUGGGAACAUUUCCUUUGCUGGUGUUCAAGGCUCGGAGGAGGAACAAGAGGGUGCGGGAAAAGCGACAGCACAUCUGCAGGCUGUGCCCUCAGAAUGACAGGAGACCUGUCUGCCAGCAGUGCUACAAGGAAGGCUUUCAAGCAGAAAAACCUUUUGGACGUUAAAACCAAAUGUAGCACCAUAUGAAAUAUAUUCUUCCUGUUUCCCAAA